AAGGAGGAAAUCAGGAAGAUGGCGCAUGACCGAAAGGAUUUCCCCAUUAAUGGAGCUUUUUUGGCGGGAAGGAAGUGCCGGUUUCUCAGAGACCAGAUGGAUGCUGACCAAAUCUACUGUUGUACCUUCAAAACCGCACAAGCGGAUGAUGGAACCUCCGUCAACGUUUGUGUCGGAAAGACCAACCAAGCUUUAGUCAUAGCUUUCGCCAAAAAAGAUGUCGGUGGUGGUCCGCUGAAUGAACGCGUGUACAAAAUUGUUAGUUAUCUGCGAGCCAGCAAUAUGUGAAGAGAUGAGACAGCUGAUGCCUCCUCCUUUACCCACCAACAAAGAUGGCUGCCGUCCCCUUCACAUCAACUCAAGACAAUGUCCUCUGAUCUAAACGUCUUUGUUCUUCUCGUAGACAUAGUUUUCACAUAGUUAUGGAAUGAAUCAAAAUUGCUAAAGUUUAUUUUUCAAAGUUCAAGAGCUACUUUGCUGUUGCUGUUUAAAGCAGGGAUCCAGUGUUACAUUUACUUACAGUGCAGAUGUGUCCAUGUCUAAUCACAGGUCUGUGGAAACACAUCACACACCUCAAAAAUAAAAAGAUUCAUAUUGUUUA